GGAACAACCAAUGAGCGGCCGGAUCGUGUCCGGACCAAUCGGCGACAAAGACGCGCCAGGCACGGGAAGGACCAAUCGUAUUGCGCGGUGCUGAUCCGUGAAAUUUGCAUACGCGUCUGUACAAAUAGCGGGCUCUGCGGCCAUUCAGUGUGCUCAGCUUCCUCCGGGUGCCAGAGCGUUGCAGCCAUGCCCGAGCCGGCCAAGUCCGCGCCCGCGCCCAAGAAGGGCUCGAAGAAGGCGGUGACCAAGACGCAGAAGAAGGGCGACAAGAAGCGCAAGAAGAGCCGCAAGGAGAGCUACUCGAUCUACGUGUACAAGGUGCUGAAGCAGGUGCACCCCGACACGGGCAUCUCGUCCAAGGCCAUGGGCAUCAUGAACUCGUUCGUCAACGACAUCUUCGAGCGCAUCGCGGGCGAGGCGUCGCGCCUGGCGCACUACAACAAGCGCUCCACCAUCACGUCGCGGGAGAUCCAGACGGCCGUGCGCCUGCUGCUGCCCGGCGAGCUGGCCAAGCACGCCGUGUCCGAGGGCACCAAGGCUGUCACCAAGUACACCAGCUCCAAGUAGGGCGUCUCGGACCGUCGUUUUUAACCCAAAGGCUCUUUUAAGAGCCACCCACAUACUCCGUAAAAGAGCUUUAACAC